AACAAAACCGCAAGUAUUUUUUGUUGUAGCGUUGUUGCUUUUUUUGCAGCAAACCAAAAAUUAUAAGUGAAACAGACACAAAAAGCGCUAAGCAGCCAAGCGCCCGCACGAAAUAUUCUUGUCAACGGAGUUUUCAAUUGUGUAGCGCGAUUCACGAAUACGCUGAGCACGAUUUUAAAAUGAUGAACGAGGCUGCUGCCCUGGCAAAUAUGAUACCCUACGACACAAUUGGACUAUACGAGCAGCCAAAGCCCCGUUUCAUAUUCAAAAUGCCGCGAGUGGUGCCUGACCAGAAGUCCAAAUUUGAAAGUGACGAACUCUUUAGACGCCUGAGUCGUGAGAGCGAAAUACGUUACACGGGCUAUCGGGAGCGCAGCAUAGAGGAGCGCCAGGUGCGUUUUAUGAACGGCUGUCGGGAGGGACACACUGAGACAAGCUUUGUUGCGUCCGGCACUAAUCUGCAGCUGGUGUUUAAUGCCAAUCAAAAUCCCUACCUGCACGACAAGGAGUGCGACUUUGAUAAAGAACAUGGUAAGGUACACAUCAAGUCUUACUUCAUCAUGAAUGGCGUUUGUGUGCGCUUCCGUGGUUGGCUCGAUUUGGAGCGCUUGGAUGGCGUUGGCUGUCUGGAGUACGAUGAGCGCCGCGCAAUGCAUGAGGAUGUGAUUUUACGCGAUCAAAUCGAUCGUUAUAAUCAGAGAUUGCGCGAGUUUGAGGACACAAAGCGCGCCUAUCGUGACAAUCGUCAGGAUGAAAUGGAAGCGGUGCGUCGCGGUGUUGCUUCCGGCGGCAUUGGUGUGGGCGCCAGUAUGUGGAGGCGUUAGUUAAACUUUUGGACGGCAUCAGCGCCGUCACAACAGCAACAGCAGCAUCUACAAAAUCGGCAGCAGCAGCAGCAAGAGACUCAAUUUGCAAAUACUCAAUACUUUAUGGAUAACUGAAAAAUGCUCCUUCCCCGACUUGCCAGCAAUAGCGAGAUUCGAAUACAAAUACGAUUAUAUGCUACUAGAAUUAGUUAUAGCACCUAGAAAAUAAUUAACAAAAUACUUAAUGUAUGUUUUAAAUGGUAUUAC